AUGCUGGAAGAAACAGCCCAAAACACCACAUGCAGCAGUGUAGAUGAGUUUGAGUGUGGGAACGGAGACUGUGUGAACUACACCCUGACCUGUGACGGCAUGGCCCACUGCAAGGACAAGUCAGACGAGAAACAGUCCUACUGCGCUAACCGUAUUUGUAAGAAGGGCUACAGGCGGUGUGUGAACGGCCGGUGUGUGGGACACAGCUCCUGGUGUAACGGACAGGACGAUUGUGGGGACAACUCAGACGAACUCUUUUGCAACACCACCCUGUGCACAGCAGAGCAGUUUCAGUGCAGAGACGGACGCUGCAUCACCAACUCAAGCAAGUGUAACCAGGUGGUGGACUGUGAGGAUGCCAGUGAUGAGAUGAACUGCUCCACUGACUGUUCCAGCUACUUCCGUCUGGGGGUGAAGGGUGUGAUCUUCCAGAAGUGUGAGUUCACCAGCCUCUGUUACGCCCCCUUCUGGGUGUGUGACGGAGCCAACGACUGUGGAGACUACUCUGACGAGAGGAACUGCCCAGACCGGAGGAAGACGAAGUGCUCUGCUCCAUUCUUUGCGUGUCCCAGUGGUCGCUGUAUCCCUAUGAGCUGGACUUGUGACAAGGAGAACGACUGUGAGAACGGCGCUGACGAGGCCCACUGUGAUAAGUUUUGCUCGGCCAGCCAGUUUCAGUGCGGUAACCACCGCUGUAUCCCCAACCGCUGGGUAUGUGACGGCGCUGACGACUGUGGUGACGGGACUGACGAGCACGGCAAGUGCAAGAAUAAGACAUGUAGUCCACAUGCCUUCCAGUGUCCUGGCUCUCAUGUGUGUGUUCCCCAGCACUGGAAGUGUGACGGGGACAAGGACUGUCCUGACGGGGUGGAUGAGAGUGUCAAGGCUGGAUGUGUGUUCAACAACACCUGUGAUGCGAAUGAGUUCAUGUGCCAAAACAGACAGUGCAUCCCCAAGCACUUUGUGUGUGACCAUGACAAUGACUGCAGUGACAGCUCUGACGAGUUCCUGGAGUGUGAGUACCCUAAGUGUGGGCCCAAUGAGUUCCGUUGUGCCAACGGCCGUUGCCUCCUCCAGAGCUCCUGGGAGUGUGACGGAGAGUUCGACUGUCACGACCAAUCUGACGAAGCCCCUAAAAACCCCCGCUGCAACGGCCCAGAGAAGAAGUGUAAUGACACGGCGUACACCUGUGGUAACGGGAACUGUGUCAACGAGACGCUGCUGUGUGACCGUAAUGAUGACUGCGGUGACGGCACUGACGAGCUCAACUGCUUCAUCAAUGAGUGUCUGAACAGCAAGCUCAGCGGCUGCUCUCAGCUCUGUGAGGACCUCAAGAUCGGCUUCAAGUGCAGAUGCCAUCCGGGCUUCCGUCUGAAGGAUGAUGGGAAGACGUGCGUGGACAUAGACGAGUGUACGACCAGCUACCCCUGCACCCAGCGCUGCAUCAACACCCGCGGAUCCUUCCACUGUCUCUGUGUGGAGGGCUUCCAGCUCAGCCCCAGCAACCCCACCAUCUGCAAGUCCACCUCCGAAGAGGAGCCCUUCCUGAUCUUUGCCAAUCGUUACUACUUGAGGAAACUCAACCUGGAUGGUUCCAACUACACCCUGCUCAAACAGGGUCUGAACAAUGCCGUGGCGCUGGACUUUGACUACAGACAACAGAUGAUCUACUGGACCGACGUGACCACUCAGGGCAGCAUGAUACGACGCAUGCACAUCAAUGGCAGCGAUGUACAGGUCCUUCACCGCACAUCUCUCAGCAACCCUGAUGGUCUAGCUGUUGAUUGGGUGGGAGGGAACCUGUACUGGUGUGACAAGGGGCGGGACACCAUUGAGGUGUCCAAGCUGACUGGGGCCUACCGGAUGGUCCUGGUCAACACCGGUCUGAGGGAACCACGCGCUGUGGCGGUCGACGUACGAAACGGGUACCUGUACUGGUCAGACUGGGGUGACAACCCCCACAUAGGGAGGAUAGGGAUGGACGGCUCCAACAGGACUGUGAUUGUAGAGGACAGGAUCACCUGGCCCAACGGCCUCACUCUGGACUUCAUCAACGACCGCAUCUACUGGGCCGAUGCCAGAGAGGACUACAUCGAGUUCGCCAGCCUGGACGGAACCAACAGACACACUGUGCUGCGCCAGGACAUCCCCCACAUCUUUGCCAUGACUCUGUUUGAGGAGUACAUCUACUGGACCGACUGGGAGACCAAGUCCAUCAACAGGUGUCACAAGACCCAGGGCACCAACAAGACCAUGCUGAUCAGCACGCUCCACCGGCCCAUGGACGUCCACAUCUACCACCCUUACCGCCAGCCAGAGGGUAUGAUGGCCAACCACCUGUGUCAGACAAACAACGGAGGAUGCAGUAACCUGUGCCUGCUGUCGCCUGGUGGGGGGUACAAGUGUGCCUGUCCCACUAACUUCUACCUGGCUAGUGAUGGGAGGCAGUGUAUGUCCAACUGCACCGCCAGCCAGUUUGUGUGUAAGAACGACAAGUGCAUUCCGUUCUGGUGGAAGUGUGACACAGAGGAUGAUUGUGGGGACCGGUCAGACGAGCCUGCGGAAUGCCCUGAGUUCAAGUGUAGGCCCGGCCAGUUCCAGUGUGGUACAGGCAUCUGUACCAACCCAGCCUACAUCUGUGACGGAGACAACGACUGCCAGGACAACUCUGACGAGGCCAACUGUGACAUCCACGUGUGUCUGCUCAGUCAGUUUAAGUGUAGCCACCCCAGCCGCUGUAUCCCUGGGAUCUUCCGCUGUAACGGCCAGGACAACUGUGGAGAGGGAGAGGACGAGAAAGAGUGUCCGGAUGUGACGUGUGCUCCUAACCAGUUCCAGUGUGCCAUCACCAAGCGCUGUAUCCCUCGUGUCUGGGUGUGUGACAGGGACAAUGACUGUGUGGAUGGAUCUGAUGAGCCUGCCAACUGCACCCAGAUGACGUGUGGCGUGGAUGAGUUCCGCUGUAAGGACUCUGGUCGCUGCAUCCCGGCCCGAUGGAAGUGUGACGGAGAGGAUGACUGUGGAGACGGAUCAGACGAACCCAAGGAGGAGUGUGAAGAGAGGACGUGUGAGCCGUACCAGUUCCGCUGUAAGAACAACCGUUGUGUCCCUGGUCGCUGGCAGUGUGACUAUGACAACGACUGUGGAGACCACUCUGAUGAGGACAAAUGUGUGCCGAGGCAGUGUUCAGAGAGUGAGUUUUCCUGUACAAACGGUCGCUGCAUCGCCGGGAGGUGGACGUGUGAUGGAGACCAUGACUGUGCUGAUGGAUCAGACGAGAACGGCUGUGAUGUGAAGUGUGACAGGGAUCAGUUCCAGUGUAAGAACAGCCACUGUAUCCCCAUCCGCUGGCGCUGUGACGCAGACCCUGACUGUAUGGACGGCAGUGACGAGGAGAAGUGUGACAUCGGAGUGGGUAGACACUGCCCCCUGGAUGGAUUCCAGUGUAACAACACUCUGUGUAAACCCCUGGCCUGGAAGUGUGACGGAGAAGACGACUGUGGAGACAACUCUGAUGAGAACCCAGAUGAUUGCACGAAAUUCCAGUGCCCUCCCACAAGGCAGUUCCGCUGCCACAACGACCGUGUCUGCCUGCCAUUAGCCAGGCGCUGUGACAGUGUUGACAACUGCGGGGACAACAGUGAUGAGAUCAACUGCCAGACUCCUCCUACCACGCCAGUCUGUCAGAAGGAGGAGUUCCAGUGCUCCAACGGCCGCUGCAUCAGCUCCAACCUGCGCUGUGACUACUUCAACAACUGUGAGGACUACGGCUCUGACGAAAUCGGCUGCAACAAGAAAGACUCUGCCCUGAAUGACUGCCGCAGUAACAGGACAGUGUGUGGCGAUGGUGAUGAGGCCCAUUGUGUGGUGAACGGCUCUGAGGCCUUCUGCGCCUGCAAACUUGGCUUCCAGACCACAGGCAACAACAGAUGUGAAGAUAAGAAUGAGUGUAAGCAGUUUGGAGUGUGUUCCCACACCUGCAACAACACCAAAGGCUCCCACAAGUGCAGCUGCCACAAGUACUUCACCAGGAUCAACGACAGCUGCAAGGCUGACAACCUGAGACAAGUGCUCUACAUCGCCGACGACAAUGAGAUCCGCAGUCUGGACCCUGGCAUACCCAACUGGCGCUACGAGCAGGCUUUCCAGGGCGAUGCCAACGUGCGCAUUGACGCCAUGGACCUGCAUGUCAAGACCAACCGCUUCUACUGGACCAACUGGCACACGGGCAGAAUCUCCUCCUACGAGCUGCCAUCCUCAUCCUCCUCACCUAACAGCAACCGCAACCGCCGCCAGAGUGACUCCAGAGUUACCAACCUGGAGAUCCCCGGUCUGAAGAUGCCCCGUGGCAUCGCCGUGGACUGGGUGGCAGGGAACAUCUACUGGACAGACUCUGGCCGGGAUGUGAUCGAGGUGGCCCAGAUAUCAGGCCAACACCGCAAGACCCUUGUAUCCGGCAUGAUCGAUGAGCCCUAUGCCAUCGUAGUGGACCCCCAAAGAGGGACCAUGUACUGGGCUGACUGGGGAAACCACCCUAAGAUUGAGACUGCUGCCAUGGACGGAACCAUGAGAGAGACACUGGUACAGGACAACAUCCAGUGGCCAACAGGCCUGGCGGUGGAUUACUUCAACGAGCGUCUGUACUGGGCCGAUGCUAAGCUGUCAGUGAUAGGCAGUGUGAGGUUGAAUGGCAGCGACCCGGUGGUGGCUGUGACCAGCAUAAAGAACAAGCUCCACCACCCAUUCAGUAUUGACGUGUUUGAGGACUACAUUUAUGGUGUCACCUACAUCAACAACUUUGUGUUCCGGGUCAACAAAUAUGGCAAAGGCCUCAUGGAGAACCUGACUACAGGAAUGAACCACGCCACAGACAUUGUGCUCUACCACCGCAACAAACAGCCAGAGAUGACCAACCCAUGUGACAGGAAGAAGUGUGAGUGGUUGUGUCUGCUGAGCCCCAGCGGUCCAGUCUGUACCUGUCCAAACGGACACACUCUGGACAACGGCACCUGUGUGGAGCUCUCUACUCCUACACUCUCCCCUAUUUCUCCUCCCAGUGGUACAUGUAAUGUUCAGUGUCUGAACGAAGGCAGUUGUUUCCUCAACGCCAGGAAGCAGCCCAAGUGUCGCUGCCAGCCCAACUUCGGAGGAGACAAGUGUGAGGUGGACCAGUGCAGGGACUACUGCCAGAACAGAGGCACCUGUACAGCCUCUCCUACAGGCUCCCCUACGUGUCGCUGUCUGACAGGGUUCACUGGUCCCAACUGUAACCUACACACCUGUAAGAACUACUGUCAAAAUGGAGGAAACUGCACGGUCAGCGCUGGCAACCAGCCCACCUGCCGCUGCCCUGCUGACUUCCUGGGGGACCAGUGCCAGUACCGUAGCUGCGAGGGCCACUGUCUGAACAGAGGCACUUGUCUGCAGAGUGCCAGCGGGGCGCGCCAGUGUCGCUGUCUAUCCCAGUUCAGCGGCAGCACCUGCGAGGUGGACAAGUGUCACUACUGCCGUGACGGCAAGUGUAUCCCCACCAACUCCUUCCAGCCCACAGGAGAGGUCACCUGCAUCUGCACAAAUGGCAGAGUCCAGCUCAGCUGCUACACAUGUGAUGAAUACUGUGCUAAUGGACAGUGCUCUGUCAACCCACGCACACACCUACCAGAGUGCAAGUGUUCUGCAGGCUGGGUGGGGCAUCGCUGUGAGGUGGUGGCCUCUAGUGUAGACUCCUCAAAGUCUGGUGGACGUGCUGCCUCCAUAGUGAUCCCACUGUUGAUGCUGCUGUUGUUGGUAAUGUUGGUGGGAGGAGCUGUGUUCUGGUACAGGAGGAGGAUGAGUGGGGCCAAGGGCUUCCAGCACCAGAGGAUGACUAACGGGGCCAUGAAUGUAGAGAUAGGAAACCCAGCGUACAAGAUCUACGAGGGUGAGCCAGACGACGAUGCCGGGGAUCUUCUAGACUCAGACUUCACACUGGACCCAGACAAGCCCACCAACUUCACCAACCCAGUGUACGCCACCCUGUACAUGGGAGCCCACAACAGCCGCAACUCCCUGGCCAGCACAGAUGAGAAUAAGGAGCUUCUGUCACGGGGGGAUGAGGAGCCCCUGGUGGACCCGCUAGCAUAAACUGUCUAUUAGCCUGGGGCGUAACAUUCCAAACACACCCCUCUUUUUGCCUUUGAAAGAAAAACAGAAAGAAAAUAAACAGAAAAGGCGUGCACACUGUAUAAAUUGUACAAAAAUCGACCUUUUUGUAUGUGAUUGCAGUAUUAUAUUUUGUCCUUUUACGAUUCCUCUGGACAAAAAUGAACAAAAACAUUUUAUAGAAUACAUUUUUUAUUUACUAUUUUUGUCCAUUUACCUAAAUAGCCACUACCUCUGUGCACAAGGAAAUGGAAGAAAAAAAACUAUUAGAAGAAAAACAUAAUUGGAGCAAUUUGUUUUGUAUUAAUUGUAUAGAGAAAAAAACAUUGUUCUAUUUAAUUUUGUUUGUGUUAAUUUUGAGCAGGGGAAGGCGAACUCUGUUUUGUAAGUCGGUACCAAUGUUGUCUUGAUGACAGUUUUGUCUGCAGGGGUGUAAGACAGGAAUAAUACAGUACGAUUUGUGUACAGCACGUGUAAAAUGUCAAUACCGGAUGGCAACUUAUUUCCAUAUUAUUUUCUCAGAAAACUAUGUUCAUGAAAUCGUUUUCUUUCUUGCACAGACAAUGUUUUAUGGUGUAUAUACCGUAACUGUAACGCAGGUCAAUAUAUGUUUGUUUCUAUCCUUAAGGUGUGUAGGGCUCAUGUGAUGUUAAAAUAGCGUAAUCAAAGUGUUGUUGAAGCGACUGAGAAUGAGUGACUGACUGAUUACUGGUGAGAUGUGAUGAUUAUGACGAUGUUGAAGAUUCCAGGCUUGGGAAUGCGUCCAUAUAGUGGGCAGUGGGUGUGCCCAGUUCCCAUGUCACGAUGGGACGGACCAGGUAUACUGUGAGAAGAUGUGACACCUUCGCUGAGAAGGUCACCAAUCUGCACCCCUUCAGUGGACUGUGGUGCCAGAGGACAAGUGUCUUAGUUACAGCUGUGUGGAUGGACAUAGGAGAUGGGAUAACUAAUGGUCUAAGGUAUGUUUGUUUUUCGCAGCAUUUCCUCAUGUGGUUUAUGUAAGGGCUUGACUGUUCUCCUGGCCCUGUCAGACGUCAGUACAGAUGAAUCCUUCUAACCUGAGAAAAUGAGUUUUGUGCUUUAAUGGUUUUGUAACAGCUCUCUCUGAAGGGCAUUCAUUUCUUUAUUUUUGACUGUUACGUAGCGUUUCCCUCCACUGUUCUUCCUUUAGCCGUUUCUGAUCAUCUGUCUUUUUGUACCCUGCUAACGCUGUCGUUUUGGUUGCCCUGACGUGUCGGUUGCCUUGACGUGUCUAAGCUCAGCCACUGUGCUGCUUCUGUCAGGUGAUCAGACAUAUUUUAAUGCAUGUGAGAAAAGGCAAACAAAUGUUCAAGUAACUAGAAUAACAAAUCCAUAUUUUGCUUACUUGUCAGCAAGUGUUAUUUUUGAUUUAUGCGGUUGCAUUUUAUUUCAUUUUUUUAAUUGAAAAGGAGACAAGUACAAUCAUUUUACUUUAAAGAACAUUUUUGCAAAAUCAUACAUGCAUUCUUGGAUUUAAGUUGUUUUUGAUUAGUCCUUGUUUUAUGAGAAAUUACACAGCUUUUAUAGUACAAAAUGCAUGGAGGCUCAAACCUUAUUCUGGAAAGAGAAUGUUUGUUUUUGGUAAGAGUACUUUCAAGCUAAAUAACAGAUUGUUAUAAAUACAAUUUUAAAAACUGUACAGAAAACAAUCAACUGGAUUUGUGUUCUUUUAGUGCCUUUUAUGCUGUCAUUUUAUUUAGAGUUCGAUGUUACAUCGUUUGGUCACUUCUGUGGUUGUGUUUUCAUAUCUAGCUGGACUGGACUAGAGUUUGCAUAUUGUGGAGGAUACAACAAUUAAUACCAAAUUCACCACAAAUAUAAACAAAUGUGAGAUCAGUCUUAAAUUAACUUUUUAUUGUCAUUACCAAUCAUCAAACAAAAUUCCACAAACUUGAGUUAAUCACACAAGAACACAUUUAUUGGGCCUUAAGUGAGCAAGUGGAUCUGUUUAUCUAAUAAUGAGAUCACCAACUGAUAAUUAUAAUAUGUUGAGGUUGAUUUGAAAUCUGAAUGUUACCAUUCUGUUUAAAAGCACUGACAUAAUCAAACAAGAUGAAUGUUCCAUAUUUCGUCAUAGCUCACACGUUAGCCUAGAUCCAAGCAUCUAAAAUAAAAAUAAUACCAGUAUACCAAUCAGAACUAAAUCCCUCGAAAGUUGACAUUUGUUUAGACAAAUGGCUUCAUAAAACAAAGAAUCUUAACCAAAAAGGU